AUGACUCUCAGGGUGACUAUACUGAUUCAUUUAGUACUGCUCUUUGACAAGGCUGAUUCUAAAAAAGGAGUCAAAUGUGGAGGAAUCCUCUCUGCUCCAUCUGGCAAUUUCUCCAGCCCAAACUUCCCAGGCCUAUACCCCUACAACACACACUGUUCCUGGCUAAUUGUGGUAGCAGAGGGCUCCUCUGUCCUCCUCACUUUCCACUACUUUGAGCUGGAGUACCACGCAAGCUGUGCUUAUGAUUACAUUAAAAUAUACAAUGGCAUAUCUGAGGAUGAAGGGAACCUCCUCGGGACAUUUUGUGGGGACAUCUCUCCACCUCAAUUCACCUCUUCUUGGAAUGUCAUGUCCAUCAUCUUUCAUUCAGACCGCCAUGUGGCCUACAGGGGCUUCACUGUUGGCUACAGAAAAGAUAUGUGUGGUGGAGUCCUGACUGGACUAUCUGGAGUAAUUUCUAGCCCAGGCUACCCCCAGGAGUAUAGCAACAAUGCCGACUGCUCUUGGGCCAUCCAUGUGUCUAACACAACUGUGGUCACCUUGGUGUUUUUGGACUUCCAGCUGGAAAACAAUGAAGGAUGUAACUUUGACUUUGUAGCCCUGUUUGACGGCCCAACAGUCACCCACCGGCAUCUGGGUAAAUACUGUGGGACAGAUAAACCCCCCAACAUCAUCACUACUUCCAACCAACUUCUCGUAGUCUUCAAGUCUGACUUCAACAUUGGGGGACGUGGGUUCAAGGCCUACUAUUAUUCAGGUGAGUGCCAGCAGGUGCUGUCUCAUGUGAGUGGCAACUUUAGCAGCCCAAAUUUCCCCAACAUCUACCCAAACAACAUUAACUGCCACUGGAGCAUCACUCUAGCCGCAGGCUACCGCAUCAAACUCUUCUUCCCCUUAAUGGACUUGGAGGACCGCAACAGUUUAUCAGAUGAGUGCGACUAUGACUCUGUCGCAGUUUAUGAUGGGAAUAGCCAGACGGACGCUCUGAUGGGACGCUGGUGUGGCAGGGAGCAUCCUUCUUCUCUCGUCUCAAAGGGCAACAAGUUGCUGGUCGUGCUCAGCACAGACAGAAAUGAAGCACACAGAGGAUUCACCGCUUCUUAUCAGGGAGUGGUGCCUGUAAAUGUUAGCUGCACAAGAUCAGAAUUCACCAUUGUGAUACCCCAGCAGUCCUUACCUCAGCUGGACCGUGAGAGCAUCUACUUAGGAAACCCGACCUGUACAGCGCAGUUAACGACCACUUCAUACAAGAUAGUGGCUCAGUUUGUCGACUGUGGUACUGCCAGCCAGAAACAUCGGAACAUCACCAUGCUUGUAAACAAACUCUACAUUGAUUUCUCUGAUGGGAAGCAGGAAAAUGUACAAGAAUAUAAAUUGCAGUGCGAUGCCCUGCGGAAAAUAGCAUCAGUGUCCAUCAUUUCUGCAGAGGAGCGUCGUCUGGAGGAGCAGGCCCAGCAAACUGACAAUGGUAGCAGUGGCAGUGAAGGGGAUCCAGAAGCUGAGCCUCAUGAUUUGAGCGAUAUUGUCUUUAUUAGCAUUUGUGUUCUGGCUGUUAUUCUCAUGGUUAUAGCUAUUGUUUGGCUAGUGCUUCUUUAG